GGCUUUCGCUUUGCCGCCGCGUCUGGGAGGCGGGAGGAGCUGGCUGGGCGGCUGGCACUCGGGACUUCAGGCUCUGGCCGCGCCGAGGGGCGCUCCUAGUGCAGCCUUCCCGGCUUGAGGCUUCUCCGCCGAGGCGCCCGUGCCCCCCGGGCUCCUUGCCUCGGCCCCCGGCGGCCCCGAUGCCGAGGUAUGGAUAGAGCGGCUUUGCGCGCGGCGGCGAUGGGUGAGAAGAAGGAGGGCGGCGGCGGGGGCGCCGCGGCGGCCGCAGACGGGGGUGCAGGGGCCGCGGCCAGCCGGGCGCUGCAGCAGUGCGGCCAGCUGCAGAAGCUCAUCGAUAUCUCCAUCGGCAGUCUGCGCGGGCUGCGCACCAAGUGUUCCGUGUCCAACGACCUCACGCAGCAGGAGAUCCGGACCCUGGAGGCGAAGCUGGUGCGGUAUAUCUGCAAGCAGCGGCAGUGCAAGCUGAGCGUGACCCCCAGCGACAGGACUGCCGAGCUCAACAGCUACCCGCGCUUCACUGACUGGCUGUAUAUCUUCAACGUGAGGCCCGAGGUGGUGCAGGAGAUUCCCCAAGAGCUAACACUGGAUGCCUUGCUGGAGAUGAACGAGUCUAAGGCGAAGGAGAUGCUGCGGCGCUGGGGGGCCAGCCCUGAGGAGUGUAGCCGGCUACAGCAAGCUCUCAACUGCCUUCGGAAGGUGACCGGCCUGGGAGGGGAGCACAAAGAGGACUCUGGUUGGAGUUCGGCAGACGCACAGCGGGAAAGCAGUUCAGGGCCCUCGGUGGACAUGCUCUCCCCACUGGGCAGAGUGGGUGCCAGCACUCAGGGCCCGCGUUCCAUCUCUGUGUCAGCCCUGUCUGCCUCGGACUCUCCAGUUCCUGGCCUCAGUGAGGGCCUCUCGGACACCUGUAUUCCCUUGCACACCAGCGGCCGGCUGACCCCCCGGGCCCUGCACAGCUUCAUCACACCCCCUACCACACCCCAGCUACGACGGCACACCAAGCUGAAGCCGCCGAGGACACCCCCACCGCCGAGCCGCAAGGUCUUCCAGCUGCUACCCAACUUCCCCACACUCACGCGGAGCAAGUCACACGAAUCCCAGCUUGGAAACCGAAUCGAUGAAGUCUCCCCAGUGAGGUUUGAUCUCCCUCAUGGAUCCCCACAGCUGGUACGCAGGGAUAUCGGGCUCUCAGUGACACACAGGUUCUCCACAAAGUCGUGGUUGUCACAGGUCUGCAACGUGUGCCAGAAGAGCAUGAUGUUCGGAGUGAAGUGCAAACACUGCAGGUUGAAAUGUCACAACAGGUGCACGAAGGAAGCCCCCGCCUGCAGAAUAUCCUUCCUCCCACUAGCCCGGCUCCGGAGGACAGAGUCUGUCCCCUCGGACAUCAACAACCCGGUGGACAGAGCAUCAGAGCCCCAUUUUGGGACCCUGCCCAAGGCCCUGACAAAGAAGGAACAUCCUCCAGCCAUGAACCUGGACUCCAGCAGCAACCCAUCCUCCACCACAUCCUCCACACCCUCAUCACCGGCGCCCUUCCUGACCUCAUCUAACCCCUCCAGUGCCACCACGCCCCCCAACCCUUCUCCUGGCCAGCGGGACAGCAGGUUCAACUUCCCAGCUGCCUGCUUCAUUCAUCACAGACAGCAGUUUAUCUUCCCAGACAUUUCAGCUCAGGCAGCCCUGCCCUCCAGCACAGCUGACAGCACACGGCCCGACGACCAGCCCAAAGCAGACGUGCUGGGUGUUCAUGAAGCAGAGGCUGAGGAACCUGAGGCUGGCAAAUCCGAGGCAGAAGAUGAUGAGGACGAGGUGGACGACCUCCCCAGCUCCCGCCGGCCCUGGCGGCGUCCCAUCUCUCGAAAAGCCAGCCAGACCAGCGUGUACCUGCAGGAGUGGGACAUCCCCUUUGAACAGGUGGAGCUAGGCGAGCCCAUUGGGCAGGGCCGCUGGGGCCGGGUGCACCGAGGCCGUUGGCAUGGCGAGGUGGCCAUUCGGCUGCUGGAGAUAGAUGGCCACAAUCAGGACCACCUGAAGCUGUUCAAGAAAGAGGUGAUGAACUACAGGCAGACCAGGCAUGAGAACGUGGUGCUCUUUAUGGGGGCCUGCAUGAACCCACCCCACCUGGCCAUUAUCACCAGUUUCUGCAAGGGGCGGACGUUGCACUCAUUCGUGAGGGACCCCAAGAUAUCUCUGGACAUCAACAAGACGAGGCAGAUCGCCCAGGAGAUCAUCAAGGGCAUGGGGUAUCUUCAUGCCAAGGGCAUCGUGCACAAAGACCUCAAGUCCAAGAAUGUCUUUUAUGAUAACGGCAAAGUGGUCAUCACAGACUUCGGGCUGUUUGGGAUCUCGGGCGUAGUCCGGGAGGAGCGGCGUGAGAACCAACUGAAGCUGUCCCAUGAUUGGCUGUGCUACCUGGCGCCUGAGAUUGUACGAGAAAUGAUACCCGGGAGGGAUGAGGACCAGCUGCCCUUCUCCAAAGCCGCCGAUGUCUAUGCAUUCGGGACCGUGUGGUAUGAACUACAGGCGAGAGAGUGGCCCUUUAAACACCAGCGUGCAGAAGCCUUGAUCUGGCAGAUCGGAAGUGGGGAAGGAGUGAGGCGCGUCCUGGCCUCCGUCAGCCUGGGGAAGGAAGUCGGCGAGAUCCUGUCUGCGUGCUGGGCUUUCGACCUGCAGGAAAGACCCAGCUUCAGCCUGCUGAUGGACAUGCUGGAAAAGCUGCCCAAGCUGAACCGGCGGCUCUCCCAUCCGGGGCACUUUUGGAAGUCGGCUGACCGCUGGCGGAGCCACUACUACGGGAAAGGAUGCUAUGGUCACCCUGACUUUAAGAGCUCCUGUCCAGUUCUGGAGGAAUAGUUGUAGGCCUGGCUGUCUUGCAUGCCCCAGGCUUCCUUCCUCCUAACCGCCAGCUCCGCUCCGUGACUUCUAAGACUCCAAACGCCAGCGGGCACUAACCCAGGGGAUGCCAUCUCUGCUGCUCCAGUCUCCUCCCUCCAGACUCCUUCUUGUGCUCUGUUUUUAACAACGGCCCCUCCCCUCCAUACGGCCUGUGGGUACCUGACUUGAGUCACUGCCAGGGGAGGAUGGCACUAACAGGGUGACCCCUCAAGGCGGAAGAACAGCCUCCGUGGAUGAGACGGUCUUUUCUCUCCUGCUCUCCUAAGAGUGGCUCUUGCUUGUGUUCCUCUGGUCCCUAGCCCCUACUAACACCUUCACGAGCCCCUGCUGAGCAUGCUCAGAGGAUGGGAAGGAGCUUGACAACCCUGGGAGGGACAUUGUCCUGCAAGGGGUGUAGUGGUUCAGAGCUGCCCAAAGCUCGCACUGAGGUCACGGGCCCUGUCUGGAGCCCUGUGUCUCUCUCAUGAAGACAGAGGACAGUAGGCAUGCACGCGCGCGCGCACGCACACACACAUACACACACACAUCAUGUUGCCAUGGACGGCAUCAGUUCAGAAGGGCUGAGUCCUUAGAAGCCACACUCAGAAAUGUCCUAAACAGAGUGAUAUCUGUCACUCAGUAAUGGAGGCAGAGCUGCUGUUCACACCUGCUAGGGGGUCCAUGACCCUGACCAGAGAUCUCUGUUGGGCUCAGGAUUGAUUCUGCUCCCCGCAGUGGACCCCACUUGAACACCAUUUCUAGAAAGAGUGUGUGACAUCAGUCCUAGUACAAGUCCUCAGGUCUCUCACCAGCUCCACAUCCACACGGAGCAGCCAGUGAGGGAACACCCUCCGUCCCACAGUAGCUGCUGUUAUGCUGGGUGCUGGCGAGUCAGGUGAACAGGCCAUGUCACUGUUCUCCAGGUAGGGACUGUGGCCGACGCCCAGGACUUAGGGGCCAGGAGCAGCUAUGCCAAGGCCAUGGGCCGAGCAGUUGUCCUCACUCAGAUCCUCUGCCAAGCAUAGCCAGCAACAUCUUAACUCUGGUCAAAACCAGCAGAGCCAUAACCCAUGUCUCUGCUCCUCUCCGCAGCAUUAACAGCAGCAAAGUCAUGCCCCGCUUUGAAAGGUUUGGCCUGGGCGCCCUGGAGUCCAGUAAUCCAAAGAUGUAGCCGGCCGUGCACAUUCGUGCAGAGGGUGUCUUCCUAUCUGAAACAGGAUAACGAAACACACAAACCGCCACCAGGAGGACUCAGAAAAGCUUUGCAUGACUCCUCCGUGAAGAAUGUACAUUACAGGGGGGCGUGGGGCUCAGGAUCGGAGCCAUACCCGCCUCUCCAGACGACACCACUACAGCCAGUGUUUACACAGAGGUUUCUGCCCCGCAAGCUUGGUGUUUUACAGUAGUUAAUAAUAAUUCCGCAGAAGGGUGCUGCCACCUCAGAGCAAGAGAAAUGCCCCCACGUUUCCUAUUCUACGAUUCUGCAGCAGCGAGGGACCCAGGGUUGAGCAAGAAGGAAGAAAAGUAGCAUGAAUGUUACUAUCCUAGGAAAAGAGGACAUGACAGAAGGCUUGCCCCGGCCUAUGCUCUGGCUCUGACUCCCACUGGUCCCUCUGUUUGUCCUAUAAGGAACACCAACUGUUCCUUAACUUGCAGAGGAAACCCUGGCCAGGAACCCAUCUGGACUAUGGGGUCAGGAGUUCCUGAAGAGUUUGGAUUUAGUUUCUGCUCUGCUCCGGGCUUGUAUUAAAAAAGUACAGACAGAAUCCAGGUGGCUUCUGGACAGAUCUGAUGGCUCUUAGCUCAGCUUGUACUGCAGCAGGAGGAAACAACCACACGUCUGUGGAGACAUUCGCUGCUUCUCUGUGGCCUCCAGGCAGGCUCGUAGGCUGUGGAACCCAGCCUUCAUCAUUACACACACCCCCCAGUGCCUCAAUUCACCCCCAGAGCCAAGAGCUAGCCCAUCAGCCGCGUGUCCAGUGAGUCCUUGGUUGAGGAAGACGGUGAAGGUGGCAAAUACAGCCUACAGUGACCCUAGUGACCCUAGCACUUUAAAACCCAUGUCUGUCAUGCCAGAAGGUUCCAGAACUACCACCACUUCCACUUUCCCAGUCUCAUCGAAGCCUUUUAGCCCAUUCUGACCCAUGUGUGUGCCCUGAGCUCAGAUUGGGGCCUGAGGCUGUCGAGAGACUUGAGUGAGACGUACCUAGUAAGUCCCUAUCCGUGAGCCUCAAACUUGUGCUUGUGUUCAUUCCAGCAGGCAGGAGGGAUUGGGGUGAAUCAGACGUGUUGCAGUCCUUGAGCAGAGGUUGGGCAGCAUCCGACUCCACAACCAGAAGGGGGAAGAAAUGGGCGUGGAGAAGUGGGUAGAUUUUGUGGAGUGGCCAUGUGGCUCCCCCUUAAACACCGACUAAGGCUCAGUUGUCAGAGCCUGCCCUAGCACCAGAGUCCAGUGCAGGUGUCUGAGAAGUUGUGGGAGCCUCCCCUCAUCCACCCCAGCACAGCUGUUCAUGCUACAGGAGAGCUGGGACAGUGGCAUCUUGACCCUGCCCCGGUGUGGGAAGGAGGAAGAGCCUGUCUCUACCCUGCUAUCACGGUAGUUACCCCUGUGCCUACUCCUUUCUUCUGAGCUGUCUCAGAAAGCUGUGCUCUGGGUAGGAGACGUCAUCUACCUAGCGCCCUGCCGAGAUCUCAGGACUCCCCUCUCUAGGAGACAGACAUUCCCGGGGCAGCUCAGGCCCUCACAGGGGUCAGCCCAGCCUCCUGGGUCUGCCUUGGGUGCUCUGAGAGAGAAGCAGCAGUGUCUGAGGAUUCCUAAGUGAAGUGGUGAUUUGUUGUCCUGCUAGCCAGCUGAUAACAGUGGCUGGGUGAGGCCCGGGAGAGAGGGCAGGCAGGCCUUGGCAGGCAGUGACUGUCCUUGAGGGAGCUGCUGCAGGGUCCCAGGAAGGCACCGGUAAGGAGAGGAGGAGGGUACCUGCUUUUCUCUCUCCACGGCUGUUACCAGGGCUCACACCUCUGACCCUCGGAUAGUCCUGGCCAUCACUACUUAUUCUCGAGUGGCUUACAGUCCCACUGUGGAGUGGCCAUGUGGCUCCCCCUUAAACACCGACUAAGCCUCAGUUGUCAGAGCCUGCCCUAGCACCAGAGUCCAGUGCAGGUGUCUGAGAAGUUGUGGGAGCCUCCCCUCAUCCACCCCAGCACAGCUGUUCAUGCUACAGGAGAGCUGGGACAGUGGCAUCUUGACCCUGCCCCAGUGUGGGAAGGAGGAAGAGCUGCGAGCCUCUGUUCAGUUCUGCAUGGGUCAUCUGUCCUCUGAAAUGGGACCAUCAUGUCACUUCCGCGUCCCUUUGGCUUUCCACCCUAACCCUUGGUGUGACCUCCCUACUCUAAACCACAGAGUCUAACUACUGCCUCUGUGGCAGUCUCAUGGCUGUCCCUUCCCAGAGGCCACAAUGACUGAGCCUCUGGCCAUUCUCCCACUUUGUGACUGGUGUGGCGUUGGCCUCCCCUCACCAGUUGAACAUGAGUCAUCAGGCUGGCAGCUGAGUCAGCCCUUUCAGUCAUCCCUCAACACCAGACCACAGAGGGCAUCACACACAGCCCACCGGGUCUCACCCUGUACCAUAGACAUCUCAGGGCCAGAAGCACUGAGCCCUGCAGCGAAUGUGAUCUUGUGCACACACUGGGGACCAGUUAGAGUAGCCAUGGUCCCUGCUUUAAGGAGCUGACCAUCUGCUGGGGGUCAGUAUGCAGGGGGCCUGACAUCAUGGAACCCUGGGGCCACUGGUGAAGCUAUAGUGCUGGAACCUUCCUCACUUCCUCUCCAAGGCCUGCUGCUGUACUGCCCUUCGUUUAAGAGAGUCCCCCACCAUGGUCCCUGUUUCCUUUUCUACUUAAGUGACUGUGAAUUGAGGUUAGGAAAGUUUGCCUUUUCUGUGCUCUCCCUGUCUCCUGGGAAACACAUGAAGGAUGACAGAUACUGUGAAUUCAGCCCCAAUAGCCACUGUGAAGGCAAUGAAAAAAAGGCAUGAAGCCAGGCGGUGGUGGCACACGCCUUUAAUCCCAGUACCCGGGAGGCAGAGGCAGAUGGAUCUCUGUGAGUUUGAGGCCAACUUGGUCUACAGAGCGAGUUCCCGGACAGGCUCCAAAGUUGCAGAGAAACCCUGUCUCGAAAAACAAAAAAAAAAAAAGAGAGAGAGAGAGAGAGAAAGAAAGAAAAAAAGGCAUGAGCUGCAGAGGGCCUGCCCACCUAAGGUCUGAGUCCAGCAAAAACUUUGGCCCCUUUCCAGACAUCCCAAGUUCCAAGCCUCACCUCCAAGGAGGCCUUAACCCAUCGGAGUGGCCAUGAAGUCAUGAAUCCUAGCUAGAGCUGGUCUGGCCCCUCCUAUGCACCAAAUCAAAGUCCUUGGCCAUUGUCCUAUGGUCCAGGCAGGGAGCAGCAAGCCUGUGUAGCUCUGUAGUGACAGAGUGGGGGUGGAUUAGCCAUGCUAUCCUACGGCGCUAGCCAGGACGUCAUCUGUGUGCUACCAGUGUCUUCUGUGGCCACGAGGCACAUGUUCAUUUGCUUAUUUUGAAUGUGAUGUAAAAUUUGUACAGUAAAAGUUUUUAUAUUUUCUAUCAAUUACAUUUGUCUUCCAGAAAUGCUUUAAUUUAAAUUAAAAUGGCGAGUCUUGAUGAACGUGUUAUACCAGGGUUUUUGCCACUAAAGAAUGCACCCUCUUGGCUGAGCCAGGCCUAUGGUCUGGCAUUUGUGAAUAAAGUUUUACCAAGGUUUUCUGGGGCUCGUGUUUGUUUUGACCGGUCUAGAUGACUUUUGGGGACCAUGUGAGCAGAUGGCGUAGGAGGGCAAGAAAGUGCUCUGCAGCCAGGACUGGAGGUUCAAGAGUUCAAGCCCAUUGUCAGCUAGAUAGCAAGUUCCAGGAGAGAGAGAUAGUUUGACUAUACCUAGACCUCAGAACAGGUGUCUCAGGGCUGGAGAGAUGACUCAGUAUUUAAUUAAGAGCACAUCCUGCUCUUGCCAAGGACCAGAGUUCAAUUCUCAGCACCCAUGUCAGUAACCCAUGGAGACAUUGCUACUGACCCUACAGAAAUAAAAAGGACUGUAGGGCAGAAUGAAUGCAUAUCAACAAAUGAGAUAAACUGGAUGAACCACACACACAAAGUCCACUAAGACUAAACCAAAGUAAUUUAUUUGCAAACAUACCUACAAACUAGUAAUGAGAUUAAAUUGGUCACCUCCAGGCAAAAUUCUAGACCUACUGACUUAA